GAAGUGCGCAGGGAACGUCUCCAAUGGCUCCUCAGUACGCACCGAGUCUGCGAUCCCGUCUGGCACCUUUGCUUAUUUUUCUGCAGACAGGCUUCAUCGUCAUUUUUGCCCUUUACGUUGAGAUCGACAGCAGUACAAAAGCAGAUGGGACUACUUUCAGCAGCUUUUACCCAGAGUUCCAGGAUGUGAAUGUGAUGGUGAUUCUAGGUUUUGGCUUCUUGUGCACUUUUCUAGUGCGAUAUGGUUUCAGUGCCUCUGGAUUUAACCUCCUUGUAGCCGUCAUGGCCACCCAAUGGGCUAUCAUACUCAAUGGAUUUGAGUCCUGGUAUUACAGUGGAAAGAUCAGGGCAAAUUUGAGAAGCUUAGUGGUUGCUGAGAUGUGCGCAGCCUCUGCCCUCAUUUCAAUUGGAGCCGUGCAGGGGAAGACCAACCUUGUCCAACUCGUUCUCAUCGCCCUGCUGGAGGUGUCAGGGUUCGUCCUGAAUAAAUGGGUCCUCCAGACUCUGCUAAAGGUCCCGGCGGUGAACUGCAUCAUGCUGCUUCACAUCUUCGGCGCUUUCUUUGGACUCACGCUGACCUGGUUCCUGUUUCGGAAAGGAUCCCUGCAGCCAUUUGAAAAAGAGAAGUUUGACCACCAAACAGGAUUAUUCUCCAUGCUGGGGUCUGUGUUUCUCUGGAUGUUUUGGCCCAGUUUUAAUUCAGUCCUUGUGGACAGUGGCUCUCCUGGGAGGAAGCUGGGGGCCGUGUGCAGCACCUACCUGGCCCUGGCUGUCAGUGCUGUAACAGCAGCUGCUAUGUCUGUGCUCUCCAGCCCCAAGGGAAAACUCAGCCCGAUCCAUUUGCAGUCAUGCAUCUUUGCUGGUGGCGUUGCUGUUGGGGUUUCCAUGUCAGCAGUUCAUCAGCCGUGGGAAGCAAUGACAAUCGGAUUCACCGCUGCUGUUGUCUCAACCAUUGGAAUGCGAUAUCUCAAGAUGCACAUGCUGCUUGCAUUUGAGUGCCAUGACACCUGUGCUGUCCUGAGCACACACGGACUCCCUGGUGUACUGGGAUGGCUAGCACAUCUCCUCCUCCAGAUCAAAGCCAGUGAUGAUCCCACAACGGCUACCCGGUUCGCUGUAUUUCACAUUUGUACUCUCCUCAUCACCAUCACUCUCAGUCUGUCCAUGGGAAUCAUAACAGGGCUCCUACUCAAGUGGAAAUUCUGGAGAACGCCUCAAGACAAGAAAUGUUUUGAUGACCAGGCUUUUUGGGAGUUUCCCCAUCUUAUCGUGCACAAGUAAGAGGACGAAGUAAGAAGUGGACCAAGUGUGAUCCCGGAAGAACAAACUAUUUUUGGUGGUCAUUCAUGUCAAUGUAUAGAAUUUCAUACAGUUUAUCCUACUUACAUGUAAAGUAGUUAUUAAUAGUA